AUCUCAUAUUACAGUUGUCGAGGCCUCGGCUCUUGAUCCGGGUGACCACGGAGACAUGGAGGAAAACAGUGGUGAUGAGGACGACCCUUCGGAUGAUAACGAAGUGGAAAUAUCUGACGACGAGGGACCUGACGAUUCUAUGACUUUGAAUCAAUUUCAAGAAGAAGCCCGUAGAGAAGCAUUUAUCAGGAAAAAUGUAAACGUAGCAAAAGUCUCCCACAAGAAGGGAAGGUUGGAAGCAGGAUGCUCCCAUUCUUGAAUAAGGCCCUUAUUCAUCCCUCUCUCCUAAAUAGGAAGUUUCUGUCCUUUAUUUUUUCCAAGUUAUUAAAUGAAUUACGCUAAAAUAAUUUGUUGGAAUUGCAGGGGCAUCUCUGCGCGGGAUACCUCUGCUAGGGUUUUUCGGUUUAUUAAGAAGUUCAAACCUCAAGUUGUUUGUCUCAUCGAGACUCGGGCUAACUUGGAGCGUCUUGAUCGCUUUUGCAAAAAGGUUCCUAACCAAUGGGGUUGGGCUGUCAUUCUGGCUGAUGGUUAUUCGGGAGGUAUUAUUGUCCUUUGGAACACUGUCAUUGGGCAAGUUACUCCUCUGGCUUUUUCUCGUCAUGCCCUUCAUCUUGUUGUUUCUUCUGCGCUGUCGAAAACCUUUCUUAUUUCUGUGAUUUAUAACUCACUUCGUUGGCGUAGCCAACUUUUCCUUUGGAACGAGCUUUCAAAAAUCACCCCCCUUGUUAUACCUUGGCUUAUCUUGGGAGAUUUUAAUACGGUUCUCUCCAGAAACGAGCAUAGGGGGCGAAACUUUUCUUACUAUCUUCGCAAAUCGCGUUACUUUUCUGAUUUCAUUAAUAAUAACAAUUUGUUGGACCUAAAAUUUAUCGGCUCCCCCUACACCUGGUGCAACAAUCAGAUUGGCCCGGCCCGUCGUUGGUCAAGACUUGAUCGUUGUUUGGUGAAUAUUGAAUGGAACGAUAUGUUUAAAUCCUACACUCUCAAACAUUUACAGCGUUCUUUCUCUGACCAUUUCCCUCUCUUUUUAACGGCUAAUUUAUUUUCUAAGCAUUCCAAAAGAUUGUUUAAAUUCGAAAACUUUUGGCUUGAGUUUUUGGGUUGCUUUGAGGCUGUUCGUGAAGCUUUUAAUUUCACCCCACACGGCAAUCCAAUGCAUGCUUUUAGUCAUCUACUCCUCCGCACUCAUAAUAGACUUAAAUCUUGGAGUAUUAACGGGGUCAAUGAUGUGGAGUCCGCUAUCAUACAUACUGAAAAUUUGAUCCAAAAUCUUGAGUGUUCUGAUGCAGAUAUCGGUUCUCAUCAAGUGCUUAUGGAACUUUAUGCUAAACUUUCUGCCUUGCAGCAACAGUGCAGUAUCAAAUGGGCUCAGCAGGCCCGUCUAUUAUGGGUUAAAGAUGGUGACAAAAACACAAAAGUUUUACAUGCUAUUGCUCGCACUCGCUCACAUACUAAUUUCAUUCCUCAAAUUGAAGAUUUAAAUGGCAAUAAGCAUUGCACUCCGGAGGAUGUUGAAAAGGCCUUUCUCAAUUAUUAUCAACAACUUUGGAAAGCUCCCUCUAGUCCCAAUAUUAACUUCGACGAAGCUCUUCCCUCGGAUUUACCCUCUCUUACUCCUAUGGAUUGCGAGUACCUUAUUAGGGAGAUCACUAUGGAAGAAGUCUACGCUGCUCUCCUCGAUCUCCCUUCAGUUAUUGAUACAUCUGGUGUCAAUCAAUGGGUCUGGUACCCUAAACCUACUUGCUCUAAAAUCUCGAUCUGCUUUACCAUCGACUCAAUCAACAAAGAUCUUCCUCCGAUAGUUGGAUUGUGCUUUGAUGGACCCUUCAUUUUCACUAAUGCCAUAUCCAGAUUAGAGAUUCAGGUUAGAACCAUUGGUUUUUUCAUUUCUAAUGCUAAUUACAAAGUUAUUCUUGCAAGGAGAUUGUCUCAACCUUUGAAUGAUAAUUCCUCUGAUGCUAUAUUGGCUAUUGAGCUGCCUUUGCGGACCACUCUUCAACUCAAAUCCCGAUGA